GUCACUUCCGCGAAUUUCCAAGAUGGAGGAAAUCGGCAUUUUUGUUGAAAAGGAAGAGACCCAGGUUGCAGAGACUCGUCCUCCAACUGCUGCACCGACUGCAGUUUUGGAUCCAUUGGCAACUGAGGUUGAAGAUCUCUUUGUGAAGUACAAGAAACUCCAAAGGCAAUUAGAGUUUCUUGAGGUGCAGGAAGAGUACAUUAAAGAUGAGCAGAAGAAUUUGAAGAAAGAGUACCUGCAUGCCCAGGAGGAGGUCAAGAGGAUCCAGAGUGUCCCGCUGGUCAUUGGACAGUUCCUGGAAGCGGUCGAUCAGAAUACCGGAAUUGUUGGUUCAACCACAGGUUCUAAUUACUAUGUGAGGAUCCUCUCCACCAUCGACAGGGAACUCCUGAAGCCCAGUGCCAGUGUUGCUCUACACAAACACAGCAAUGCCCUGGUUGAUGUUCUACCCCCAGAGGCUGAUAGUAGCAUUACCAUGUUGGCGGCAGAUGAGAAGCCAGAUGUGGCCUACUCCGAUAUCGGAGGCAUGGACAUCCAGAAGCAGGAGGUCAGGGAAGCUGUCGAGUUGCCGCUCACUCACUUUGACCUCUAUAAGCAGAUCGGUAUCGACCCUCCUCGUGGCGUGUUGAUGUUUGGCCCUCCUGGAUGUGGAAAGACUAUGUUGGCUAAGGCUGUGGCUCAUCACACAACUGCUGCCUUUAUCAGGGUUGUCGGAUCUGAAUUUGUCCAGAAGUAUCUGGGUGAAGGUCCUCGUAUGGUGAGGGAUGUGUUCAGGCUUGCCAAGGAGAAUGCCCCAGCUAUCAUCUUCAUCGAUGAGAUUGACGCCAUCGCUACCAAGCGUUUUGAUGCUCAGACGGGAGCCGAUCGUGAGGUUCAGAGGAUUCUGCUAGAGCUCCUCAAUCAGAUGGAUGGAUUUGACCAAACUGUCAAUGUCAAGGUGAUCAUGGCCACCAACCGAGCCGACACCUUGGAUCCUGCCCUGCUGCGUCCAGGCCGUCUGGAUAGGAAAAUUGAGUUCCCCAUGCCAGACAGGAGGCAAAAGCGUCUCAUCUUCUCCACCAUCACCAACAAGAUGAACCUGAGCGAGGAAGUAGACUUGGAGGAUUAUGUUGCCAGGCCUGAUAAGAUCAGCGGCGCUGAUAUCAAUGCUAUUUGCCAGGAGGCUGGUAUGCAGGCAGUUAGGGAGAACCGCUACGUUGUGCUGGCCAAGGACUUCGAGAAAGGUUACAAGAACAACAUCAAGAAGGACGACACUGAGCACGAGUUCUACAAAUAAACUCAAGGCACGAUCCUCUUGGUUUCUGUCAUAAAAUCAGUUCCCUAUACAUGUACAUGUAAAUGCCCAAGUUUGUAUCAACUAUGGGCCGACUGAAUUUGUUGUCACCAAUACUGAAAGUGUUUAAAAUUUGAAUCUAUAAAAUUUGUUUCAUGUUGAUUGUUCCUAUUGUAACAAGCUGAGGUCUUUAUUAAGAGGUUUGCACAGUGUAAUAGAAACAUUCCCAGGAGCCACCAGGCUAUGUGGAUGAUUAUAUGAGAUAAGACAAUUCAGGUCGAGUAAUUCUUGAACUGGAUGAUGUCUGUAUUGUCAUCAGUGAGUCUGGGAUCUUCGAUUCUCCAAUUCAGUGUCAAUGUAUUACACCCUGUAAUAAUUUUGUGAACCAGCUAUUCAAACUAAUAAACACAUGUGAACA